AUGUUUCUUAUUGCUAAAAUUGUACGGGGUCGACGACUUUUACACGAGUUGGAAAAACAGGAAAAGGAUGAGCAUUUGGCAGCCGAUGCAUCAGUUACGGAUAAGGUUUGUUUUUUUAUUACGGUAGUUCAGACAUUUACAAAAAAAAAUAAACAUUAUGGAAAUUUGUAAUCCAAGACAAUGAAAGUGUUCAUGUCAAAAAAAAAACAGCUGAACCAGAAAUCGAAACUUGAUACUUUCCAAAGUCACACGAUGAAAACACAUACAUAAAAAACUUUAAUAUCAUUGAUCAAAAAUCGUAUAUUUUACAGAAUCGCGCUAAAGAAUCGAGCCCAACUGAAGCCGAGCAACCAGCCGGUGAACCGUCACAAUUCCGACCAAGGCGGAGGUUUGAUUGAUUUUAUUUGUUUUUAUUGUAUAGUAUAGCUCAUUAUUUUAUACCCCAUUAGUUUUAAGAAUAGAUUCAUAUAAGGGCAGAUCCACCGCUUUAUUCAUUUAUUCCACAAUUUCUGUGCGAUAAUGUGCAAUUUCUUGUGCUGUGCUAAACCUAGAAGAACGAAAUCGGCCGUGCAAGUUUCAAUUUUUACUUGGGGGGAAAAUGUACUUUACUAAAGUAUAUUUGAAAAAUGAGUAAUACUACUGUAGUUUUCUUGAAAUGACAUGCAAUUGUUUCACGCGAUUUGCGAUUUUCAGGAAAAAAAUCGUGAAUAACAAAAAAAUUGGGUAUAAAAAUACGAACACUUCCUGAUUUUAGUCAUAAAAUACAUAUGUCUUGUAGCCGCACUGUUCGUAAGAAGGCUGGUGGAACUGGAUCGGUUGAUUCGUCAGCUGUUAUGGAAGAUGGCAAAACUGCGAGAAAAUCGAGUAGUAUGCCAAGUAUUUAUGAUUUGCAGCAAGGUAUUUUCGUUGAUCUCUGUAAAAAAAAAUAAUAGUUAAUUAGGAAAAUGUUUGCAGCAUCAAGUUCGGUUGUUCCAUUGCGUCAUUAUAAUUAUGAUGGAAAAUUGAAUAAAUUGCAAAAACGCGCGAUUCGUUUCACUUGGCAUCGUUUACAAACUCGCAAUGGUGGAAAACGCGUUGAAAAUGUUUUUGAGGAGGUUUUCGAAAAACUCAUCAAAAUUUUGCCAAACAUCCGUGAUAUGUUUUCAACAAGAAUGUUCCUCUGUGCAAUGUCUCGUGGUUCAACAUCUUCACUUCGAGACCAUUCGCGGGGUACUGUAAAAAUGAUUGAUGUGGUCGUUAAGAAUUUGGAUGUGGAGAAGAGCAAGAGAAGCGACACCGGAACGGAAAAUGAUCCAAGACAUAUUGGUGGGUUAUUUUUUGAGGUAUCCUCGUAUUCAUAGAAAAUGUUUCCAGGCCGCGCACAUAGCAGCUUGAAACCAUAUGGGCUAACUGGCAACUAUUGGGAGAAGUUUGGCGAAGUGAUGAUUGAUGUUGUUUUGGCGCAAGAAGCUGUUCGAGAUCUCCCAGGCGCCGGGCAAGCCUGGGUUAUCUUUACUGCAUGCCUCGUUGAUCAACUUCGUGCAGGCUUUGAUGAAUCACGUAGAAAUGAUCAUGACGCUGUGAUGAAGAAGAAUACCGUACUUCAUCAUGCCACUCAACAACUUCUUGAAGAUGUUAGUGUAGCUCAACCACAACCACAAAUGCAACAGACACCAAUCGUCAAUGUUCAAUUGCAAACAUUGAAUGAUCGCAGAGCUUCAGUUGUUGAAUGUCCAUUUGCCAAAAUGUCUAUUGUAAGGGAAUUUUUUAUCUUUAGCUUAAAUGAAAAUGAAGAUUUAUCAUUUUAGGCACCAAAAUCAAUCGAUAGUUCGACUACAAUCUCACCAACAUCCACACAAACAAUCACCGAAUUGGCUGAUGGAAGUGAUAUGUCAGAAACUGUUUAUCUCUAA